AUGGAAGAAACAUCUGGUCUUGAACCAUCCAGACCCGGCUUCAUCUUGGUCGACUACGCAGUCUUUGCUGCCAUGCUGUUGGUUUCCAUGGCCAUAGGGUUGUUCCAGGCCCUGAGGAAGAGCCCUGGUGGCACGAGCGUGGACGACUUCUUCACCGGAGGCCGGAGUUUGCCAGCUGUGCCGGUGGGGCUGUCACUCUGUGCCAGUUUCAUGUCAGCGGUUCAGGUUCUGGGGGUUCCUGCGGAGGCGUAUCGCUAUGGCCUUAAAUUCCUGUACAUGUGCCUAGGCCAAAGCAUCAACUCCCUCAUGACAGCCUACCUGUUCCUCCCGGUGUUUUAUCGACUUGGCAUCACCAGCACCAAUCAGUAUCUGAGGAUGAGAUUUGGCAGAAAGAUGCAGCUGUUGGGGAGUGUCCAGUUUCUUGUAGCAACGAUACUCUACACUGGGAUAGUCAUCUAUGCACCAGCCCUGAUCCUCAACCAAGCCACUGGACUCAACAUGUGGGUGUCUCUGUUCUCUACAGGGAUCAUAUGCACUGUGUACACUACACUGGGUGGCAUGAAAGCAGUGAUCUGGACAGAUGUAUUCCAGAUAGUUGUCAUGUUGUCUGGCUUCCUGGCCAUUUUCAUUCAUGGAACAGUCCUAGUUGGUGGCCCCGCGCUCGUAUUGGAGAUUGCCCACAAUGGAUCACGCAUUAAUUUUAAUGAUUUUGACUUCGAUCCACGAAGACGCUAUACAUUCUGGAGUCUGUCAGUUGGGGGAACACUGGUAUGGCUGUCCAUGUACGGGGUGAACCAAGCCCAGGUCCAACGGUACAUCUCCUGUAGAUCAGAGGGACAGGCCCAGUGGGCCUUGUUUGUAAACCAAGUGGGCCUAUGCUUUGUUGUGAGCAGCGCAGCCACCUGUGGCAUCGUCAUGUUUGCUUACUACAUCAACUGUGACCCCCUGAUGUCUGGCAAGAUCUCUGCCCCUGAUCAGUACAUGCCAUACUUGGUGCUGGAAAUAUUCAAAAACCACCCUGGCUUUCCAGGUCUUUUCCUUGCUUGUGCCUACAGUGGGACACUAAGCACGGCCUCCACGAGCAUCAAUGCCAUGGCAGCAGUCACUAUGGAGGACCUGCUGAAGCCUCAUUUGAAGAACAUGUCCCAGAAGAAGCUGAUUCUUAUUUCCAAAGGACUGUCAUUCCUCUAUGGGAUUGGUUGCAUCACUGUAGCUGCUCUUUCCUCCCUGCUAGAUUGGGGUGUCCUGCAGGGAUCAUUCACCAUCAUGGGAGUGGUCAGCGGUCCAUUAUUGGGUGUAUUCAUCUUGGGGAUGUUUUUCCCAGUUACCAACAGACCGGGGGUAUUCUCUGGAGUAUCAGUGGGUUUCUGCAUCUCCCUAUGGCUGGCCAUUGGCUCGACGCUCUACCCACCCAGUCAGGAAACCAUGGGGGUCCUGCCCAUUCCGGCCGGGAAAUGUGGACCCACUAACAUCACGGUCAUAAGCAUGGGUGCUGACGGACCCAUCAUCGUUGCAAAUCCUCAUCCAAAUCACCACGGGGUUCUGCAGAACUUGUAUUCCAUGUCCUACCUCUACUUUGGAGCUGUAGCGACCAGUUCGGUUGUACUGGUCGGCCUGCUGGUGAGCUAUGUGACAGGACCAACAAAGAGAAACACUAUAGGAGAUGGUUUGCUGUGGUGGGACCUGCACAAAAAGAAAGAAGGCAUCCCAUCACUGCUCAGAGUACGUUUGGUACUUCAGAGCAAAGCGCUGGACAUUAGAAAAUGUGAUGAAAGAGUCAACAGCACUCUGAUUGCUUUGAGAGCUACUCGAAGUAGUGAAAUAUUCAAUCGGCUAUACAAGAAGACGGUGCAGACUGUUGGAAUUCCAAACCAGCGACGCAAACGUACUCGUCGGACCUGGGAGGAUUUUGAGCUAGGUGUCAGUACGGAUGGGGACCAAGAGGACAUGGGCCCCAUGGAUUCCUACCGACAUCUCUUUUUCCAACUACUUGAUGGUAUUGUGCAGCAUAUGACUCAAAGAUUUCAAGACAUGAAGAAUCUAAGUUUUUUUCAUGCACUGGAUAAUGAGUUGUUUAAGGCGUACUCCCAGCAUGCAGGAUUCCCUGGCCGUGAGAUCUCUCAGCUGGUUGAGACCUACCCACUUUUUGAUGAACAGAGACUAAGAAACGAACUGCAUGUCAUAUAUGCGGAUGCCCUCUUUCACAAGCCACCAGCCGAGCUGCUGGAGAUGCUCAUAAAAGAUGAGCUGACCACUGCCUUAUCAGAGGUUUGCAAGCUGCUGAGGCUGAUGCUCACCAUACCUGUGACAAGCACAUCUGCAGGGAGAUCUUUUUCCUGCCUGAAAAGGAUUAAAACCUACCUAAGAAACAGCUGUGGACAGGAGAGACUUUGCCACUUGGCAAAGAUAUCAAUGGAAUCUUCUCUAACACAAGACCUGAAGUCCCGUGGAGAGCUAUAUGUCAGAGUCACUGAGCGUUUCGCCACAAUGGAGAGGAGAAUGAAUGAUUUCACUGAAAUCAUUUCAAAAACAGUAUGA